AUGGAUCUUUGUGUCAUCCAGAAGUUCGUCAAGAGCAAUGGACCCAAAGCAUUUAUCUGUAGAACCAUUUGGAGAAAAGAUAAGAAUCCCUAUUGCUAUAUCAUAACAAAUAAAGAGGAUUACUUCUCUCCAUCAACCAAUCCUAAGACUGAAAUGACUAAAUAUGCUACCAAUGUGAAUCUGUAAAACUCAUGCACUAUUGUGAAUACUUGUCGAGGUAAGUAUGUUGAUGAGACUGUCCCUUAUGUUAAGAAUCUUCUCACUUACCUCUAUAUACAUUUGCAUAUCACUUUUAAAGAGUUUUCAGCUGAUUUCAUAAAAGAUGAAAGUGGAAUCUGGUGGUUUGUCAAUGUGAAGGGAUUCAUUAUUGACAAAAGUCCAGAAAAGAUCAUGUGGAAGUCUAUCACUCAUUAUGGAGAAGAAAUAAAUGAGGAGGGAUAACCUAUAGUUUAGAAACCCGUUUCAACUCCCAAGGCCAAAGUUGCUGACAUGUGUUAAAAACAAAAGAUUUGCAAGUAUUGUGAGCAAUCCUAUCCAGAAUAACAUUUAUAAUAUAAGAUGACUCUUAAGAUGAUCAUUCAAACUGAUAAACAUCUCUACUGGAGAGGUAAGACAUUCAAUUGGAUUGACAGAUCUGAUGUCACCAAUCUUGAAGUCAGCAACCUUUAUCAUGAACAUAAAGUUUGUAAAUAAUGUUACACUUUAUACAAGGAAACAGAAUAGCUAAUUGAAUUAUAAUUGCAAUUUAAUAAGUUGUUGGGAUUGCCUAGUGAUUAUGAUACUAUCAAUUAGAUGUUGACACUCAAAGCCAAUCAAGUAAAUAAUGAAACUGUUAAGACUGGAUUAGAGGAUUCUAAAUAAAUAUUCAACAUCUCUGCCACCAAGCAAUUGAUACUUAAUAAUUAACUUAUUCCUAUGAUUCAUAAUACAGUCAUUAAGAAUUCUGAACAGGUUUAGAUUUAUGAAUAUUGA